AUGGAGACUUCUUCGAGAAGAGGUGGUGCAAUGGUGCCAAUAUCGCCAUCGCAAACACCUCGGUCCAGCGAUAAGGUGGCCAGAGAUCUGCGAUCGGGGGAAGGCAACUUCAGUGGGAAGCAUGAUAAGGAUAAUAAAGGUGUUAAUGUGCAGGUCAUUGUUAGAUGCAGGCCGUUGAGCGAGGAUGAGGCAAGAUUGCGAACCCCUGUGGUGAUCUCUUGCAAUGAGAGCAGAAGAGAAGUUUGUGCUGUCCAGAAUAUUGCAAAUAAGCAGAUUGAUAGAACUUUUCUCUUUGACAAGGUUUUCGGGCCAUCAUCUCAGCAGAAGGAUUUAUAUGAUCAAGCCAUCUGCCCAAUAGUGUUUGAAGUCCUAGAAGGCUAUAAUUGCACCAUCUUUGCCUAUGGGCAAACAGGAACCGGAAAAACUUACACAAUGGAGGGUGGAGCAAGAAAAAAGAAUGGUGAAUUUCCUAGUGAGGCGGGUGUCAUUCCAAGAGCUGUUAGGCAAAUUUUUGACAUCUUGGAGGCUCAGAGUGCUGAGUAUAGCAUGAAGGUGACAUUCUUAGAGCUAUACAAUGAGGAAAUAUCUGAUCUUCUGGCUCCUGAAGAAUGUACAAAAUUCAUCGAAGACAAGUCAAAGAAACCAAUAGCACUGAUGGAGGAUGGCAAAGGUGGAGUCUUUGUAAGGGGACUGGAAGAAGAGAUAGUGACUACUGCAAAUGAAAUAUAUAAAAUCCUAGAGAAGGGUUCUGCUAAAAGGAGAACAGCGGAGACCCUCCUUAACAAACAGAGCAGUCGUUCUCACUCAAUUUUCUCCAUCACGAUUCACAUUAAGGAGUGUACUCCGGAAGGAGAGGAAAUGAUCAAAAUCGGGAAGCUGAAUCUUGUUGACCUUGCUGGCUCGGAGAAUAUUUCACGAUCAGGUGCCAGAGAGGGUAGAGCGAGGGAAGCAGGUGAGAUUAACAAGAGCUUGCUGACACUUGGUCGAACUAUAAAUGCUUUGGUUGAGCAUUCUGGUCAUGUGCCUUACAGGGACAGCAAAUUGACGAGGUUGCUAAGAGAUUCACUAGGAGGAAAAACAAAGACCUGUAUCAUUGCUACGAUAUCACCUUCAAUCCAUUGCUUGGAAGAGACUCUCAGCACUCUGGAUUAUGCUCACCGUGCCAAAAACAUAAAGAACAAGCCAGAGAUCAAUCAGAAGAUGAUGAAAUCUGCAGUAAUCAAGGAUUUAUAUUUAGAAAUUGAUCGAUUAAAGCAAGAGGUUUAUGCUGCAAGAGAGAAAAAUGGGAUCUAUAUACCAAAAGAUCGUUAUCUCCAAGACGAGGCAGAGAAAAAGGCCAUGUCGGAGAAGAUAGAGCGAAUGGAACUUGAUUUUGAUUCCAGGGACAAGCAAUUAGCAGAGCUCCAGAGUCUGUAUAAUUCUCAGCAGCAACUGAAUAGUGAACUAAAUGACAAACUUGAAAAGAGUGAGAAAAAGCUUCAGGAAACUGAACAUACACUGGUUGAUCUUGAAGAAAGACAUAGGCAGGCAAAUGCAACAAUAAAGGAAAAGGAGUACUUAAUAUCCAAUCUUCUUAAAUCUGAAAAAGCACUUGUUGAGCGGGCACUUGAGCUUCGUGCAGAACUUGAGCACACAGCAGCUGAUGUGACUAAUCUCUUCUCCAAGAUUGAACGCAAGGACAAAAUAGAAGACGACAACAGAAUUCUUAUACAAAAAUUCCAAUCCCAGUUAACUGAGCAGCUUGAAAUCUUGCAUAAAACUGUGGCAUCUUCAACAAGACAACAAGAACUUCAGCUGAAAGAGAUGGAAGAGGACAUGCAUUCAUUUGUAUCAACAAAGACUCAGGCUACUGAAGAGCUUCGAGGUCAUCUAGAAAAAUUAAAAACCAUGUAUGGCACUGGUAUCAAGGCUUUAGAUGACUUAGCAGGAGAACUUGAUUGUAACUCUCAGUCAACUUUUGGCCUGCUGAACUCUGAAGUUUCGAAACACUCCUUGGCCAUAGAAGAGCACUUCAAAGCAAUUUCCUCAAAGGCCGAAUGUUUGCUUUGUGACCUUCAAGAUAGUCUUCACAGUCAGGAGAAAAAGUUAACUGCCUAUUCAGAUCAGCAACGAAAGGCUCACAUGAGAUCUGUUGAGACCACAAGAUCAAUUUCAAAAAUUACUGCAAACUUCUUCAUGACAUUAGAGGGGCAUGCCUCAAACUUGGGUCAAAUUGUAGAAGAGGCACAGACAGUUAAUGACCAGAAAUUGUCCGAACUGGAAAAGAAGUUCGAGGAGUGUGCUGCCAAUGAGGAGAAACAACUACUAGCAAAAGUGGCUGAGCUGCUUGCCUAUUCAAAUGCCCGGAAGAAAAAACUGGUUAAAUGUGCAAUUGACGGACUUCGGGAAGAUGCCGCCAAUAGAACCAACAAAUUACAGCAAGAGAUGUCAACUAUGCAAGAAAAUACUUGUUCUAUCAAAUCUGAAUGGAUAAGUUAUACCAAGAGCACUGAAUCUCACUAUCUUGAGGAUACAGCUUCAGUAGAAAGUUCAAAGCAAGGCAUGGAAGACAUUCUUUACAAAUGCUUGGGACAAGCGAAAUUAGGUGCAGGACAGUGGAAAAAUGCCCAAGAAUCCCUCUUGCAUCUUGAGAAGAACAAUGUUGCUUCAGUCGACAAAAUCGUUCGGGGAGGGAUGGCCACUAUUGAAGCCUUACGUGGACGAUUCUCAUCUGCUGUGAGUUCUGCACUUGCAAAUGCAGAUACUGGAAGCAAGAAUCUGCUCUCGUCCAUUGACCGUUCGUUACAACUUGAUCACGAGGCAUGUGAUAAUCUCGAUUCCAUGAUCGUUCCAUGCUGUGGAGAGUUGAGGGAAUUGAAUAGUGGCCACCAUCACAAGACAGUAGAAAUUACCGAAAGUGCCGGAAAAUGCCUCCUAGAAGAGUAUAUGGUCGAUCAACCAUCAUGCUCGACACCAAGAAAAAGACAAAUUAACCCUCCGAGCAUUGCCUCGAUUGAGGAGCUUAGGACACCAUCCUUUGACGAGCUGCUCAAGUCAUUUUGGGACGCGAAAUCAUCAAAGCAGGCAAAUGGACACAUUUGCUUGAGAGACCCCAGAGUUCCUCUCAUUGCCAUCAACUGA